AUGAAGUUAUACUUGACUAUCAGUUAUCUAUUAUUUUUAUUUAUAAGGAAUACUAUAAGCGAAUUAUCGAGUUGUCAAAGAGCAAAAUGUUAUCAUUGUUUGAUAACAUUUGUCAACAAAAUGUGUCCAACAACUUGCGAAUUGUGCUUUGAAAAACAAUUAAAAAAUAAAACAUCUGCACCACACUCAAGUAUGAAUCCAUAUUUACCUCAACUAUCACGACCCUUUUCAAACUUUUCAUUAAGUCGUUCGGAUCGGCCUGUCAGUUAUCAAUUGAAAGCAUCAGCUUCACCAACAUCUAUAUAUAGAGGGUUGCCACCACCGCCACUGGCACCAUCACCAUCUCAAUCAAUAACACCAUCAUUCCUAGGACUACCAUCGCAAUUACAACAAUCAACGAAUCAGCAAACUUUCGGACAAUAUUUACCAGAAAAUAAUCAAAAAUCUUGGAAAGAACAAUAUUCAUCGCAUUUCACCAAUAAUCACUGCCCGCAGCGACAAAAAUGGGAACCAUGUAUAAGUAAGGAAUUAGCAAAUGUACGAUUUCGUUAUUGUUGUAAAGAACUUGGUGAAGGAUGCAUAUCAUUAUGCAAUUAUGAUGCCACAUUAACGACGAUCCAGUUAGGUGUAUUAACGGGACGUUGCCCAUUAAAUAAAGUACAGACAAUGAUGGUUUGCGCAAGCGGUGGUAAAGAUGCGUCCGAAUGUUGUCGAGCACAUAACGUCUUUGAAACAGGCUAUGAACACUGUCAACCGUAUUGUAAUCCAUCAGCAGGAUUACCGCAAGGUGGUAUGCUUAGUGAAAAAUACAAAUGUUUGGGUAAACUUAAACAAAUUCAACGAUGCUUUUUUGUUUCACAAAUACCAUAA